UCCUCCCUAAAAAUGAUAAAAAUCCCCCCUCUUCCCAGACCCUUUAUUUCCCUUAUUUUAAUACUAUUUUUGUCGGAUUCAACUUUAGCCUGUAUUGGAAGUGCUGGAUUUCCGGGAAGUUCUCUAUUUCCUCAGCAAUAUCCGGCUGAUGAUGCUGCCGGUUCUUAUGUUGCCCCACCGAGUGAAUAUAAAACUGCACCUCCCCCAACACCUCCUCCUCCACCACCACCAAAAUCUUAUUAUCCAGUUGCCCCACCACCUCCUUCACAUUAUAAUUAUGCUCCACCAACAUUUACUUUGCAGACAUUACCCCCAUUUACUUUACCUAAAUUAGAAACGCUUCCUCCACCUCCUCCUUUGCCUCAACUUUUUUCAUAUUAUCCUGUUGCACCACCGCCACCACCUCCAAGCUAUGUGUUACCACAAUUCCAACUUCAAACCCUUCCACCACUACCACCACUUCAACCCUUCACACUACCACCAAUGCCGACAUUUGCACCUCCUCCUGAGUCUUAUUAUCCUGUUAAGCCUCCAAAAUAUUCAACAGGUCCAGACCAAUUCUCUUCAUUAUCUUCUCGACGUGAAAUCCCCCCGGUACAGACCUUUACAUUUGGAGGCUCCGAUUCUUCUCAUCUUCCACCACCACCCCCUCCCCCUUCCACUAAUUUUGAAAGGCCAAUGCCUCAGCAAAUUGGACAACCAAAUAAUGUGCCCCAACCAUCCCAACAAAAUUUUAAUCAACAAAAUUUACAUCAAUCUAAUAUACAAUCUCAGGGUUUACCUCAACAAGCAAAUAUUAGAAACAAUAUGCCACAACACCCUAUGCCUCCAGGUUGA